UGCGUUGAUCGUUGCGGUAUUUUGGACUCGGCAGUCCUUUUGGCUUGAAUUUCCUCAAUAACGAUGACUCGCCGUUGAAAGAUCUGCAAGCGUUAACCCUUCGGAACGUGCAACUGGACGCAGCAAAAUUUCUUGAAUGGAUCAAGUGAGUGUCCCGGUGCUCGAGAGAGCAAGGUCAUCGGUUUUGGAGGUAUGGAUUUGCUUUUCUUCAAUGGAUCACGGAGGCGAUAGGCUAAACGUAUUUGCAGGCUCCUAUGGUGGGUCUCUCGCUCUUUUACACCGUGUUGCAUAUCCCGAUACCUUUUAUGGAGUUAUUGCCUCAGCUCCGGUAAACAAACUCGAUACUCGUCCCACGUCAAGAUUUUCAACUGUAUUUUAGCGAUGUCGUAAGUACCAAUCCCAAAACUUCUUUCGGACAUCCGCUAAUCAUCCUUCCUAGACCGACCGUAUGAUCAAAGAUAUAUCCUG